CAAGUCGAUCUCAACUGAUUGAUUGCACGAAAUGCUCCACCAGGGAACUCCCAUCAGUUGAUCGGCCUUUUCAUCAUGAUGAGAUAACGGGCUAUCAAGACAUACUACUUUCAGGUGGUGGAUGAUCCCGAAACACAGCAAUGUCUUGUGGUCAAAAUGAUGUGGCUCAUGCAAACAAGCUUACCGGUGGUCUAUACGUUAACAGCUUGCCAAUUAUGCGGCAUCUUCCUUGUUUUUUGGGUUAUAUAUGUCGUUCGCCCGUCUUACUUCCUCAGAAAAGAUAUCAUGUCGUCUUCAGGCCCCACUCUUGUUCAGAUUGAAAUCGCAGGCAUUGUCCUCACCAUCGUGGCUGUCAUUACCACAUCCUUCCGCUUGUGUGUUCGUGCGCGGCAGAAGCGUCUGUGGAUCGACGAUGCGUGGGCCGCCCUCGGCAUGAUAUUCAACUUCAUACUAGUAAUCGUCGAUUGCUUGUAUCUGCAAGACUACGAAAGAUACCCUCAAGGCUCAAGGGUAGCAUUAUACUAUAUGGUUGCCCAAUUCUUUUACGCAGUUGUAUGGUCAUCGAGGAUAUCCAUAUUGUUUACCAUUGUACGACUCACAGUCCCGAGAACCAUGUUUAGGAAAGUUCUCAUGUUCGCUGCCAUUAUCUUCGGCAGUAUAUGGGCUCUACUUUUUUCACAAUUGUGGUGGAUUUGUGAGACUGAGUCUGGCUGGAAAACACAACCACAUCCGCAAUGCGAUCUCGGCAGAAGUGUCGCAAUAACGCAGAUGAUCACCGACGUUCUAGGGGACUUUUUCCUUAUCCUUGCUCCCUUUUUCUUCCUUUACAAAGUCAGAUUGUCAAGAGCGCAAAAAGUCCGGAUAUUAUCUGUCUUCUCCACAUCAGCGAUCACCACAAUUGUCAGUCUCACCCAUGCAUAUUUCAUCUUCUCUGGUGGAGGGACAAAGGAGGUUAUGGCUGCCAUGGUUGAGGCUUCUAUGUCUCUCAUCGUCGCGAACUUGAGCGUCGUUGUCGCGUUCAUCUUCAAUUUAAAGGCAGAAGAAGAAUCACCAUCCACUCCGGCACCCAUCGUGACUUUCGGAUCACAGCCCAGGAAACGCGUUCGCGACCCUCUCGCCACGACUUUUAUAGGUGUUGAAAGUACCCCGAUCGUACUGGAGGAUCUAUCUGAGUCUGGUACCCGUUCUCUGAAGACAAGCGACGACGACGAAAUUUCUGUAAACAGGGAGGGAAAGCAGACGAUCUAAUGAGUUGUAUUAGAGCCCGGGAGAUGCAGUCUAUGGUUGAUUCGCUCUGUACACAUUGACCUACGUUGAUGCUUCAUGAUUACGGUGCAUACGGUAUAUAAAUAUUGAAAUCUUC